CUUGAACCAUCUCCCACUCAAGUUUCAACACAACACCCGACCCUCACAUAUACAUACAAACCUCACAUCCCACAUCAACUCCCCCGAAAAAUGGCCCCAACCCACCCAACAGUCCUCUCCCUCAAGCAAUCCUUCCUCACCGCCCAAACCCGCCUCCUCUCCCAACCGCUAACCCCAACCCGCGCCUGGCACGACACCAACAACACCAACACCAACAACACCAACACCAACAACACCACCAACACCAACAACACCACCAACACCAACGACGACGAAGAAGUCGCAGCCCUCCCCCCCAAGGCCGUCGACGACGCGCUCUUCAAGCUCAACCACCGGCUGCAGCAGCACGCGCGCCGCGCCUACGCGCCCCAGGCCACGCGCCACGUCGCCGAGCAGAUCGAGCAGCUGUACUGGAAUGCUGCCGAGGCGGCUGCGCUGCGGGGGGAGGAGCUGGGUGGUGGUGGUGGUGAUGGUUAUGAGGGUGGUGAUGGUGGGGGUGGGGGUGGUGAGGGUGGUGAGGGUGAAGGGGUGGGGGAUGGGGAGGGGGAUCGGGCGUUGAGGGUUGGUGCUGAUUUGGCGGAUCCGGCUGUGAUCGCGACGCUCCCGCUAGAGUGGGAGGACGCGGACUCGUCGUCACGGACGCUUGAGACGAAGCGCUAUGCCGAGUUGGCGGGCGAGUUGCACGCUCUUGCGGAGAAGCAGCAGCAGGCGGCUGCGCGGGUGGCACGGCUGCGACGGAUGCGCGCGUUGCUGCAGCCGUUCGCCGCCAAUCCCGACGGUGAUGGUGACGGUAACGGCGAUGGUGGGCGGCUGGAUGGGGUGCAGGAGAACCUGGUCACGCGCAAUGGGGAGGUCGAGACCGAGCUGCAACGCAUGAGGAUGCUGCUCGCGAGAGUGGGAGGAAGGGUCGGGCAGCUGAAGGAGCAGCGGCCGCAAGCAAGAGAGUCGAGCGUGGGGAGUCUGUUCUCGGAUGGGGAGGGGAUGGAGGGUGUGGAGAUGGAGAUGGACGAGCAAAGGAAGGUUGGGUCGCUGUUGGACAGGUUUUAGGGCUUAUUUGGGAACUCGGGGGACUGUUUUGUAGGCGUAAGGUGUUAACGGCUGGGGAAAGCCGCGGACAAGGCGCGGGCGGUUCACGUAUGGCGGAGGCGUCUUUAAUAGUGAUACCCGAUUACACAGGGAAACGGUGU